GGUGCAGCCAGACGAGAAGCGCCGAGACGUCGAGGAAAGACCAGUCGAAAACUGCUGACGUUGUGGUCAGGCCGCAGAUGCAUUCUUGUUUGGGGCAGCUCCCGCAUGCACUUUAUCGGUGAACACUCGAGUUGGUGAUAAGCUAGAUUCCCCCCCAACAAAUCAACAUUAUUUGCUAAGUUCCCUGGCUGCGCUUCGUAAGUUCUCGUGUAUCAUUUAAGUGAUUGUAACCAGAGAUGACGUUCAAUUUGCGGCAAGUGUAUGCUUUUGCCCGGGAGUAUCACCAGAAGCGGGAAGCCCAGAAGGAUGUCCAGUAUGGCACGGCCGGAUUUCGAUCGCACGCUGACCAUCUGGACUAUGUGAUGUACCGAAUGGGUCUGCUGGCUGUGUUGCGAUCACGUGCCAAGGGAAGCCAGGUGAUCGGGGUCAUGAUAACGGCAUCGCACAACCCGGAACAGGAUAACGGUGUCAAGCUGAUUGACCCGAUGGGUGAGAUGCUGGAACAACGCUGGGAAAAGCUGGCCACCGACUUGGUCAACGUCAGCGAUGUCGAUCUGGAAGCGCAAGUGGCCAAGAUUUGCGCCGACGAGGGUAUCGAUAACAACAAUCCGGCCAAGGUUUACGUCGGAAUGGACACCCGGUACCACAGCCCACAGCUGGCCAAGGCAGUGCUGAAUGGGGUGGCUGCUAUGAAAGGCAGCGUUAGAGAUUUUGGCAUCGUGACGACGCCGAUGCUACACUAUUUCGUAACUUGCUCAAACACAGAUAUGGCCUACGGAUUGCCCACCGAGGAAGGCUACAUGAACAAGUUGCUCACGGCGUUCAAGAAUAUACGAGGGAAUUCUUUCGAGAAGGGCAACUAUGUAAAUAAGGUUUAUUACGAUGGUGCUAAUGGAGUUGGGUCGUUGAAAAUGUUGGGUUUCAUCAAGAAACUCGACGGAUAUUUGGACGUGAAGGUAUUCAACAGCAACGGGAAAAUCAACUAUAAUUGUGGUGCAGAUUACGUAAAGACCAAUCAACGAGCUCCGGAAGGCAUGCCGGAAUUGGAACCGAAUGCACGGUGUGUUUCGGUAGAUGGCGAUGCGGAUCGUGUGGUAUAUUACUUUACGGAUGAGGAAGGCGUUUUCCAUUUGUUGGACGGCGAUAGGAUUGCCACUUUGAUUGCUGGAUACCUCAAAGACCUAGUUGAAAAAUGUGGCGUUGAAAUCGAAAUGGGUUUGGUCCAAACCGCCUACGCCAAUGGUGCUUCAACCGACUAUAUCAUGAAUCAGCUGAAAGUUCCGGUUGCUUGCGUUCCCACCGGGGUGAAGCAUCUACACCACAAGGCACUAGACUACGACAUCGGCGUGUACUUCGAAGCCAACGGCCAUGGGACCAUCAUCUACAGCACGAAUGCAAAGGCCAAAAUCCGUGCCGCCAGUGAGGACACUGCCUUAACCCCGGAGCAACGAACCGCGGCAAAACUAUUACUCCGAACGAUUGAUCUCACCAACGAAACGGUCGGUGAUGCCAUCUCCGAUAUGCUGCUGGUAGAAACGGUUCUACAUUCCAAAGGAUGGAGUCUGAAGGAUUGGCUCGGCACGUACACCGAUCUGCCAAAUGUGCUGAUGAAGAUCAAAGUAGAAGACCGAAACGUGAUAACCACCACCGAUGCCGAAAGGGUUUGCGUUACUCCGGCCGGUGUUCAGGAUGCUAUCAACGAAAUCGUGGCGAAGUAUAACAAGGGCAGAUCGUUUGUUCGUCCUUCGGGAACGGAAGAUGUCGUGCGGGUGUAUGCCGAAGCGGAUACCAAGGAGAACACGCUUCAGUUGGCGCUUGAAGUGGCAAACGUAGUGUACGAUAAGGCGGGAGGCGUUGGCCCUAGACCGGAAUUGCCGAAAAUUUAACUUUUUUAUGGAAUCGAGGUUAUCAUCACUGCCACUGUUCAAGUAGAAUGCAUUGGAAAACUUUGAUAUAAAGUUCGAGUGAUUGGUUUUAAGUCGUUUUUGAGAUUAUGCUUUAAGCUCAACAAUAGUAUGUACACUACAUUAAGUUCUUAAUAGCUAUGUUCUAACCGUUUUAAUGAUAAAAUUUAGCUUUCGCCUACAUAUCAUGCUUUUAUUUCGUUAUUGAUAUAAAUUUGUAUCAUGAAUAAAUAUAUUUACUAGUAUUGAUUUGCAUA